AUGUCGGUUCCUUUAACCAAAGUCGAUUCUGCCAUCGCUGGCUUGUCCAUAGCGGAUGAGAAGCCUGCUUCCACUGAGCAAGAGGUCAAGAAAGGCCCCAAGAAAGAUCAUAGGCGGGCUUCCUCGACGGCAGAAGGCGUCUACAACAUCAAGGACCUUGGUGAGAGACUCUGUCAUCCACCAAACUACACAGUUACUGAUAACUUGAUAGAAGAAAAAGGCAUCGAGAUCACUCUUCCCAUCGAAACACAAAAGACGGGAUGGAAACUCAACACCUCCCCCAACUCCAUCGAGGACAAGGAUAUCCUCAAACUACAACUCAUCAACCCCCCGGUCAAGAAGAUUGACCUACACUUUCCCUUAGGGCUGGAGGUCACGGCUCGGAAUUCAAAGGGCGUAACAAUCAAGGAUGCAAUGGAUGCCAUCCAUAAACAAUUCAAGAAGAAGGCAAGUAAUCCUCCUCGACCAAACCAAGAACGUGCGGAUGACGAACUGGACAAGCCCUACCUCGCUGGUUUCGAGUGGGACAAGGAUGAGUGCUGGACACGUCUGAUUGUGCACCAGAAGAGCACAGGACCGGCACAACAGCCAAGCAAGAAGUCCAAGAAGAAGAGCAAGGACGAGGCAUAG